GUCCUUUUCUGCUAGUCUGUUUUCCAUUGGAAAGCAGAGCAGUCCAGACACUGGGUUUUUCUAACUGCUAUUCCGUGGCUUUGUGGUCCUUCUGGUCUGGGUAUGGAAGUCCAGUGACUACCCAGUGAUCUCACGGCCUGAGAGAAGGGGAGGGACUUUCUCUGGGCCCCAUAGUCUCUGAGUAGUGGCGUUUACUCCAUUUUUUUAUUAUUUAUUUUAGCGAUAGAGGAAGGGAGAGCUAGAGAGAAAUAUUGAUGAGAGAAAAACAUCUAUCUGAUGCCUCCUGCACACCCCCUGCUGGGGAUCCAGCCUGACCUGGGAAUGAACCUCCUGGUUCAUUGGUUGAUGCUCAGCCAUUGAGGACACCGGCCAGGCAGUACUGGUCUCAAGGGCAGGAACGGUGACUUUGGCUCAGAAAUCCCAAGAUAGCAGCCUGCUUAGCUCGGCCCUCUUGGGUUUUCUCCAGGAGGAUCUGGCCACUGAAGGGUCGUCUUCUGCUGCUGACCCCCAUCAAAUCCCAUCAUGCCCACAGCCCUGUGUCCCCGAGUCUUGGCUCCGAAGGAAAGUGAGGAGCCCAGGAAAAUGAGGAGCCCACCGGGAGAGAGCCCUGGACCCCAGGGCGAGCCUCCCAGCCCCGAAUCUUCCCGACGCCUCUUCCGCCGGUUCCGCUACCAGGAGGCGGCGGGCCCCCGUGAGGCUCUACAGCGCCUCUGGGACCUGUGCCGGGGCUGGCUGUGCCCCGAGCGGCACAGCAAGGAGCAGAUCCUGGAGUUGCUGGUGCUGGAGCAAUUCCUAGCCAUCCUGCCUCGUGAGAUCCAGGGCUGGGUGCGUGCCCAGGAGCCGGAGAGCGGAGAGCAGGCUGUGGCUGCUGUGGAGGCACUAGAAAGGGAGCCAGGGAGACCCUGGCAGUGGCUCAAGCACUGUGAGGACCCCGUGGUGAUUGACGAUGGGGAUGGCCCUCUGGACCAGGACCAGGAGCGGCUGCCAGCAGAGGCCCAGAGCCACCUUGCAAAGAGCCAGGAAGCCCAGCCAGUGGCCCUGCCCCAGGGCCCUGGGCUCCCAAGCAGACUGCCAGGCCAGCUCAGCGGGGACCCAGUUCCUCAGGACCCAUCCCUCCUUCAGGAAGUGAGCAUGAGGGAUGGACAGCAGAUGACCUCUCUCCAGCUGCCCCUGUUUCAGAAACGGGUUUCUCCUUUCGAGGACAUGAUCUUCUGUUUCUCGGAAGAGGACUGGUCCCUUCUAGACCCUGCCCAGACUGGCUUCUACGGGGAGUUCAUCAUUGGAGAGGACUGUGGGGUUUCGCUGCCUCCAAGUGACCCAGCAGCCCAGCAGGACCUCUCCCAGGGUGAGGAGAACGAGCCAUGUGUUCCCGAGCUGCAGGACCUCCAGGGCAAGGGUGCUACCCAGGUCUCCUACUUGGACUUUCCAAGUCUCCAGCCAUUCCAGGUCGAAGAAAGAGGAAAACAGGAUGAGCUACAGGGACCAGAGUCCCAGGCCUGCGAGCAGACGACACUUGCUCAGAGCACCUGCCCAGCUGGAGAUGACCCACCGCCCCCUAAGAACAGCCUAGAUGAAGAGGUGACCAUCGAGAUCGUCCUAUCCAGCUCUGGGGAUGAAGACUCCCAACUGGGCCCCUACUGCACAAAUGAGACACGGAGCCCCUUGGGGAAGCAAAACGGCACCCCCAUGCCUCAGCAGAAUGGCCUGUCUGUGGGGGGCGAGGUGCACACCUCUGGGAAGUCCUAUGUGUGCCCCAACUGCGGCAAGGUCUUCCGCUGGAGGGUCAAUUUCAUCCGACACCUGCGCAGCCGCAGGGAGCAGGAGAAGCUGCACGAGUGCUCGGUAUGUGGGGAGCUGUUCAGUGACAGCGAGGACCUGGACGGGCACCUGGAAGCCCACGAGGCCCGGAAACCUUUCCGGUGCGGCGCCUGCGGGAAGAGCUUCCGCCUCAACUCGCACCUGCUCUGCCACAGGCGGGUCCACCUGCCGCCCACCGGGCCCCUGCCGGUGAUUGGGAGCGAGCAGGGGGCGGCAGAGUCCACAGGUGGGGGGCCUGAUGCAUCGCUGGCUGAGGGCCGGGCCCGGCUGAGCAUCCAGUGCUGUGACUGCGGGAAGCUGUUCCAGCGACCGGAACACCUGGCGAGGCACCGCAGCAGUGUGCACGGUAAGGACCGGGCACGGCCCUUUCGGUGCCGGUACUGCGUCAAAAGCUUCCUGCACAACUCCGACCUCCUGCGCCACCAGCGCCUGCAUAUGAAACGCCGCUCCAAGCAGGCUCUCAACUCUUACUGACUGACGCCAGGCACUCCCGGGACGUACCUGCCCCUGGACAGACCUCACCUUCCCACCCUUCGCUCUCAGGUAGAAAUGAGAUAGUGAUCAACUGAGCAUUUCUUUUGUCUCUGCUGUGCCAAAAAGCAGGGAGGGAGGUGCAUAACCAGCUUGGACUCGCCAGGUGUUUCUGGGUCAGAGGAGAGCCCUCCUGUCCAGUGCUUCCCAAGCGGUCUAAGGGACUGGACUGCCCCAACUGCAGUGACCAUUUGGGGUUUGCCCCUUGCCACCAACUCACUAUACUCCCAUGCUGCCUUGUCUGAACCCCUGCCCGUAUCUUGAGGUUCUAGGGUGACUGUACUUCCCAUCUGAGAGCAAGAAGCUGUGGGCGAGAAAAAGGCAGGGAGUGCAUGUGGGCAGCAAGGCCAGGCACACCAAUCCUGCCCUGUCACCAGCUGACCCAAAGAACACCCGCUGUUACCAGGCAGCCCUGUCAGGGUCAGAAGCCUCUGGGGCACUGUACAGCUGCUUGCGAAGGAGAAUUGUGUCAUACUUUUAUUUGCGAAGGCAGCUGCUUAUUAGGGAUUUUGAGUUCACUGAGGGCAAUGCCCACAUUUUAUUUGUUGCACACCCUGCUCAAAUGUCAUUUUUUUGUACCUGAAGGACCCAGUAAAUGGUUGUGGGGUAGAAGCAGUUGUCAUCAUUCAAAAGGCACUUAAGUUCCCCUGCUCGUCCCAUUGUGUUCGGGAAUGGGGAGCUCAGCCCCAGUGGGGGGUUCUGUUGUCUGGAUGAGGGGCAGUGGAAUAAACCUCCUGUGAGGUUGGGCUCUUCAUACAUAGUAACUUAGUCUGCUGUUCAUAUUCAUUUGCUAGGGCUGCCUUAACAAAAUACCAAAAACAGGGUGACUUAGAGCAACAGAAAUAUAUUGCUUCAGUUCUGGAGGCUGGAAGUCCAAUGUCAAGGGGUCACUGGGUUGGUUCCCUGUAAGAGAAGGUCUGUUCCACACCUCUCCCCCAGGUUCUGGUGGUGCUCUCAGUCGAUGAUGUUCCUUGUAGAAAUAUUAACCCAUCUCUGCCUUCAUCUUCAUGUCGUGUCCCUGUGUACAUGUCUGUCUCCAAAUUUCCCCUUUUUAUGAGGACACCAUAUUGGAUCAGGGCCCCCAUGCCUACUCUGGUAUAUUCCUGUCUUAACUAGUAACAUCCACAAUGACCAUAUUCUAAGAAAGGCCACAUUCUGAUGUAUUGGAGUUAGGACAUAAAUAUGAAUUUGGGGUGGUGGGGAGACAAUUCAAUCCACAACAGCAGAUAGUCUUGCAAUUAUCUGGUCAUCCCUGAUUAACAGAUGAGUCAACAGAAGCUGUGGUUGGCUUGUUGUCCGUUCCACUGGAAGCAGCAUAGCUUUGAAAGUGCGUGGCCUGGAGUUCUGGAUUGGGAGUGACCAUUGGCUGUGAAAUCUCAAGCAACGAAAACCAUGGUCUUAUUGUUCCUGGAAGACUGGUAAUAUCGGCCAGGCUCAAUGUCAAGAAAGCACAGGGACUAUGGAGUAGCAGUAGCUGAUUCAAAGCCACCAGGUGGACAUUUUGUGCUAUUUGUAUGUCCAUCAGCAGGCAGCCAGGCUCCUUGUCACCUAUGUUGUCACAUGAGAUGCCAUCAAACCCAAUGGAAGAGCCACAGGUUUUAUAAUUCUGAUUACUGUAGACAUCCCUGCAUCCUGAGGAGCAGUAAAUGCAAUAAAACUGUUAGGUCAUACCCUGAACAAAAAAUAAAUAUUGGGGUUCUUAAUUUCUAAAUAGUUUGCCUCUUAUUGAUCUGCCAGGAAAAAGGGGAAAGUGAAUCUUUAAGGCUAUUGAGGAGGAAAUUCCAAAUAGAAGCCAGGUUAUGCAUUUGCCCCACCCUCAUACACUCUUGCUCAAGGGCUUGUCAGCUGGAAGAUGGUUCUCCAUCUGCUUCAGACAUUUGUCUAAUGGAGGAACAUUGCCCCAUUUACUGUUGUGUCUUACCUGUAAAACCAGAUCCUAAAUAAAAAAAAAACACCAA